AUGGGUCAUUGGAGGAGUCUCUUCCAGUCCGAAGGGGGCCACGCCCACAAUCGUCUCCCUACGGAGCGGCGCCGACUGAUGUCUGCAUAUGCCCCGGACCAGCUUCCGCCUACUCAUCACGCCAAGGAAGUGACCAAGGUUGCCCUGCGACUAAAAUACCAAAUUGAACAGGUCAUCCCUUGUGAACUGGAAGAGAGCGUGAUCACCAACCCCAAUAGUCGCAUCAUCACCGCCGACGUAAUCCAAACCGCAAGACAGGCGGGAGGCGAGGAGCUUCAGGCUUGUGUCCUUUUCUGUUUGCUCGUCUGUUUACGAUGGUUCAAGAUUGAAGCCACCGAGGAGCUCUGGGACUCGGAUCUCCAUGAACGCCGUGCUCUGGCGUGUGAGAUCAUCGCCAAGCGCAUCAUUGAAACCGAAGCCGACCAGGAUAUUCGACUCAUGGAUACCUUGCUGAAGCGAUACUCUAUCUUUAUCGAUGGCGAGGAGACCAUGCCAGCCAAUGUUAUUGAGCGCGCGGUUGAUCUUCACGCGUUGCGAGUGAUCGGCUCCUCCGGGUACCAGAAGUGCAUUCGGUAUCUAUGGAACGGCUGGUUCUGUCAACAGGAAGGUAAUCCUACCAACUUUGUGCCUUAUCAUAAACGAGAUAAUAUCAACUUCUCGGUCCACUUCCAUCCCGACCGGAUGCGGACUCCUCAGUACCAGAAUGUCUGCCAGAUUCUCUUCUCCGCGGUAUACCUCAUUCUGUAUACUCAGGUGAUCAACACGGUCAAUCCCAGUGGGGACCUAGACGUUGUCGAGGGAAUACUCUAUGUCAUGAGUCUUGCGUUUAUCUGUGACGAGAUGACCAAACUGUAUAAGAUUGGUUGGCUCUACUUUGACUUUUGGAACGCGUUCAAUUCGACCCUAUACAGCAUUCUCGCAGUCUCGUUUUUCCUGCGUGUCGCAGCCUUGACACACUCGUCCUCAGUCGAUGACGAACAGCGACAGCAACUCAACGAGCUGAGUUACAAUUUCCUCGCUCUCGCGGGUCCGAUGUUCUGGAUGCGCAUGAUCCUAUACCUAGACUCCUUCAAAUUUUUCGGCGCCAUGUUCGUGGUGCUCAGAGUCAUGAUGAAGGAGAGUCUGAUCUUCUUCGCUCUUCUGUUCGUUGUCCUGGUGGGAUUCUUCCAGGCCUUCAUGGGGAUGGCCCAGGUCGACAACGAUCUACCGGUCACGAGAGCCAUUAUCCAGGGCAUGGCGAACAGCGUGAUGCAGAGCCCGGAAUUCGGCAUCUUCGAAGAUUUUGCUUUUCCAUUCGGCAUUAUCCUCUACUAUCUGUUUAAUUUCAUUGUUAUGACCGUUCUACUGAACAUCCUGAUUGCCCUAUACAACAGCGCAUACGAAGAUAUUUCCGGAAACGCAAUCGACGAAUACAUGGCCAUCUUUGCACAGAAGACAAUGCAAUACGUUCGCGCUCCAGACGAGAACGUCUUCAUACCGCGUACAUAUCCCUCCCCUCCUCAGACUCAUACCAACUCUACUCCCCAGACAAUACAUACUAAUCACACGCUUGAUCUAGCCUUCAACCUCCUCGAAAUCAUCUUCCUCGUCCUCCCCUUCGAAUGGUGGCUUCCGCGCCGCCGCUACGCCAAACUCAACGACAUCGUCAUGGGGGUCCUCUAUUCGCCUCUCCUCGUGGUAACUGCCUUCUUGGAAGUCCGCGAGGCGCGCCGUAUUCGCUGGAAUCGACGGCGCGGGGAAGACGAUGACGACGAUGUGCAGGAGUGGGAGCACGCGGCUGAGCAGGUGGAUUUCGAACUCGACGAGGACUGGCGCAAGGUCGUGCAUGAUACGGCGCCGGUGGUACACAUGGAUCCGUGCAGUUUGGAGAUCAUGCAUUUGAGAGAGCAGGUGAAGGAAUUGGCGGAGUUGGUGAGGGGGUUGACGGAGGAGAAAAAUGGGAGGGGAAGUAUUGGGAUGUUGAAUGGGGAGUUUUCUUCGACGAUUGCGGAGAGGGAGGAGGGAGGAGGUGGUAGUAGGUAG